UGCAGCGGCAGCUAGCGCUGGGGAGUACGCUCCUGUCUCUAAUGCCACCGCUGGAGCCUGAGCACAGCGCUGUCAUGCUCCUGCCGCGGGGCGGGCUACAGCGUCGUCCCGUCGCUAUAUAAGCGCGAGCAGAGGGGGCACUCGGAGGGGCUGAAAAUGAAGGUGCCCGCGCAUGGGCCGCCGCUGAUUGCCAACCCCUCCCGAGCUCGCUCCCGGCGCACAGCCCGAGGCCGCCGAGGAUCCGCCUUAGCCGCAGUAGCAGCUGGUUCAGCGACGCGGACGGCAGCUGCGGCGGCGGCGGUGGCGGUGGCUCCCCUCGCGCCAGCGCGUAGAGCAGCGGCGGCGACUCCGGGGCCGCCGCUGGCCCCGCUGCCAUGAGUUGUGCGGAGGUGAUGUAUCACCCCCAGCCGUAUGGAGCGCCCCAGUAUCUGCCCAACCCUGUGGCAGCUGCAACCUGCCCUACAGCCUGCUAUCAUCCGGCGCCCCAACCUGGCCAGCAGAAGAAGUUAGCGGUAUACAGCAAGAUGCAGGACUCUCUGGAAGUCACGCUUCCCAGCAAACAAGAGGAGGAGGAGGAGGAGGAGGAUGAGGAGGAGGAGGAGGAGAAAGACCAGCCUGCCGAGAUGGAGUACCUUAACUCUCGCUGUGUCCUUUUCACUUAUUUCCAGGGAGACAUUGGGUCAGUAGUGGAUGAACACUUCUCAAGAGCUUUGGGCCAAGCCAACACCUUGCAUCCCGAAUCUGCCAUUUCAAAAAGCAAGAUGGGGCUAACCCCCCUAUGGCGAGACAGCUCAGCUCUUUCAAGCCAGCGGGGUAAUUUUCCAACUUCCUUUUGGACCAGCUCUUACCAGCCCCCACCGGCACCUUGUUUGGGGGGAGUUCAUCCUGACUUCCAAGUCACUGCACCCCAUGGCACCUUUACAACAGCAGAGCCCAACUCUUGGCCAGGACAUGGUCUGCAUCAGACUGGCCCUGCCCCACCCCCUACUGCAUCCGAGUCUUGGCACUAUCCUCUGGCACCUCAGGUGAGCCCAUCCUACAGCCACAUGCAUGACAUGUACAUGCGGCAUCACCAUCCUCAUGCUCACAUGCACCACCGCCACCACCACCAUCACCACCACCCAACUGCUGGCUCUGCCCUGGAUCCCGCGUAUGGGCACCUGCUGAUGCCAUCAGUGCGUGCUGCCAGGAUUCCUGCUCCCCAGUGUGACAUCACAAAGACAGAUCUGACUACAGCCACCACUGCUACCUCAGCAUGGGCCGGAGCCUUUCAUGGGACAGUGGACAUCGUGCCAAGUGUGGGCUUCGAAACAGGUCUUCAGCAUCAGGACAAGAGCAAAGAGUCAACUUGGUACUGAAGCAUGGUGUCAGCAGGUCAUAUGGCAGCGUGAAUCCAAGGACCCUCUGGGAAAACAUGCCACUGGGGUGUCCCA